AAAAGAAUUGCCGCCCGGUGAUAACGGCGUACGUUUGUUUUCAAAAGUCGAAAUAAAUCUUCCGUUGUUGAUAACUUAACUCGUUAUGCAAAUUGAAAAUACGAAAUACCAAUACCGUAUAGGCGUAUAAUUGAGAAGAAGCGUUAUUAUUUGUUUACACCAAAUCAUGGAGAUUUCGAAACAUUUUCUUGGAAUAUUAAAGUCUAUUGACUAUCACGUAGGUCAUUUGCCCAAGGAUGUGUUGGCAAACGAAGUGCAACUGCCUGAAUUGAGUCCUCUAUUUACUUGGUUCCUGAACAAUGUGUCCCCAAAAUCCAAUUGUGUAACUACAAAGGAAUUGGCUCUGUACACGUCUAUUGCUUCAAAAUAUGAUGUCUCAUCAUUAGACAAAAUAUCAACUGCAAUAAAUAAAUAUUAUGAUAAAUCAACUAAAGAUUCAGCAAUAAAUUCUUUAGAUUUAGAUAUUUUAAAAGAACAAAUUUUAAAAUCGGAACAAGAAUUAAAUGAUUUAAAAGCUCAAAAUUUGUAUGAAAAGAAAAAAGAAACGUUGAACAUAGAAAUUUCGCAGUUAGAAAAGAAAGAUGAAGAAACCAGUAAAUCUUGUUAUGCUAUGAACUCUAACUUAGAUAAAAUUUCAAAUAACUUCACCGAAUCACUUGAAAAUUUUGGUAAUAAAGUUUCCAAGCUCCAUAGUAAUGCCAUUAAUACUAUAUCAAAUGAUGACGGUUGCCUUACCAAACUGGCAACAGCCAAAUUAGUGAACUUAACAAUCGCAUGGCGCCAACAAAUAUUAAAAAUGAUUCAAAUUUGGUUUGAAGAGGAAAAUAAUUCUCCUAAUGAAAAUGUCAGUUAUACCAGCAAAAUUAAACAACUCUGUUUGUUCCUUAAAAGUAUUAAAGCUUUGAAGACUGCUGUAUAUUUACGAAAACGUGAAUGUUUGAACUUGAACACAGCCAUUAACAACACUUUUAAUAUGAUAAAUUAUAUUAAAGAAGAUAAGGAAAACCUACAUUUUAACGAGCUAAAUAUGUCAAACUUUAUUCUUAAAGUUAAUAAACCUCAAAGCCACUUUAUUGAAAACUCUUGCACACUUGAAAGUAACAACUCGACAUCGUAUUUAUCCAAUAUUGUAAUAGCAGAUGCUGAAAACAAAUUAAAUCAAUUGGAAACUAUGUUCAAUCAAAUAUCUAUUAUAGAAGAAUCCAUUGAACACUAUAUUAUUAUGUGUGAUGUUCUUUGGUGUCUAAUGAGGACAGACUGUUCUAUAGCUGAUGUUAAAUGUGAACUAAUAGUUUACUGUAAUGACUUGCUCGAUAGAUUACAUUACGAUAUUAAACAAGCAAAGGAAUCGACGCUGCAUAAUUUAAACACAAUAAAAGAUAAUAUUGACGUUAAAACUAAAGAAAUCGUUUUUCAUCAGGACAUUAAGUUUGAUGUUUACAAACCUUAUUUUAAUAGUUACAACGAAAACGAUGGCAUGAAGAGAUUGUUAAAAGCUAUACAAAAAUGGAAAAGUAAAUACCAUUACACUAGAGAUGAAUGUAACAAGCUAAUGACUCUCCAAACACAAAUUCAGGAAUUUAACAAUAAACUCGCUGGAUUGACUGGAAAUGAAGUGUAGUCAUGUUUAAAUAAAAUUAUUCAAAUAAGUUAUGUAAAACUUUAUUAAAGAUAAAUUACAAUUUUUUUCUUAACAUACAUUAUAAAACUGAAUAUCAGCUCAACAAAUGUAAAAAUAAUAAAUAUACAAAUAUAUAAUAAUAUAUAUACACA